CACCCAGCCAUGGGGAAGAUCACCUUCUACGAGGACCGCGGCUUCCAGGGCCGCCACUACGAGUGCAGCAGCGACCACUCCAACCUGCAGCCCUACUUCAGCCGCUGCAACUCGGUGCGCGUGGACAGCGGCUGCUGGAUGCUCUAUGAGCAGCCCAACUACUUGGGCUGCCAGUACUUCCUGCGGCGGGGCGAGUACCCCGACUACCAGCAGUGGAUGGGCCUCAGCGACUCGGUCCGCUCCUGCCGCCUCAUUCCACACGCGGGCUCCCACCGGAUCCGACUCUACGAGAGAGAAGAUUACAGAGGCCAGAUGGUGGAGCUCACCGAGGACUGCCCCUCUCUGCAGGACCGCUUCCAUCUCACCGAGAUCCACUCGCUCAACGUGCUGGAGGGCUCCUGGGUCCUCUACGAGCUGCCCAACUACAGGGGCAGGCAGUUCCUGCUGAGGCCAGGGGAUUACAGGGGCUACCACGACUGGGGGUCCCUGAAUGCCAGGGUGGGCUCUUUGAGGAGAGUCAUGGAUUUCUAUUGAAAUAGGUUCUCCUUCAUCAUUUCUCAAUCUGGAAACUAAUAAAGUUUUUUCUCUGUGUUCCUGGCACU